AUUAACACAUUUCUGUUGUGGAAACGUGAAACUCUACUGAUCUGAAAAACUUCUAGCACACUCCUGUCAUGAACAAGGACAAUACACCUUCACUAUUCGAAAACCUGAAAAACUGCUAGCACAUUCCUGUCAUCGAAAAGGACAGUCCGUUUACUUUGGUGCAUCUGUGGAAGGUACCCACCGACAUUGACUCUUGGUGGCAAGUGAAACGAGAAAUUGUGGAGGCCGAGGUAAGGUUAGAGGGGUGGCUGGGACUCUAAUAAAACAACAAAUUUUGAGACGCAUGGGAGUGCGUAUUCAGUACGUAGGAGUUAGGACUCGUGUUGUUUUGACAUUACUUGGAACAACCUUGUAACCAAACUAGCAUGACCUGUCUUUGUAAUCUCUUGUCAGUUGUCAUAUAUUAAAUCGUUUUCCAUAUUAUUUGAACACCUUCCGAGCCAUCACAUCACAUUCUUCUCGCACGGCUACUUACCUUAACAUAUCUACUUGGGUAGCUGUUUGUUCACCACUUGCCCCAUCAUGCCUCAUUGCCUUCAAUAACAACAUAUUUUGCAUAGUAAGCGUUUCUUUGUUCUGUGUUUUCACCAAUCUUGAACAUCAUUUUUCGUUCGGGUUGCUAAAAGGAUUUGCAGACAUGGGACUCGUGACUCUUUUCGUUGCGUCUUCAAUGCCGGUGCUCAAGGUGCUUUUGGUCACGGCUGUUGGUUCAUUCCUUGCGCUAGACCAUGUCAAUAUAUUGUCCGAGGAUGCGCGGAAGCAUAUCAACACUGUUGUGUUUUAUGUUUUUAAUCCAGCGCUGAUUAUUGGCAACUUGUCCAAAACAGUAACAUAUGACAGCAUGGUUAAAUUGUGGUUCAUGCCAGUGAAUGUCUUCCUAACAUUUUUGAUUGGCUCCUUGCUUGGUUGGCUGGUUAACCUAAUCACAAGACCUCCACCACAUCUUCGAGGCCUUGUUAUUGGCUGUUGUGCUGCAGGGAACCUGGGCAACAUUCUUAUCAUUAUAGUCCCAGCAGUUUGUAAGGAGAAAGGAAGCCCUUUUGGAGAUCCCAGUGUAUGUAGUACAUACGGAAUGGCUUAUGCUUCACUCUCUAUGGCGUUGGGAGCUAUCUUUUUGUGGGUUUAUGUUUAUAACAUAGUUAGGAUAUCUCUCGAAGCAAAUUGUGGUGAUGUAAAUGGUUCAGUUGUUAGUCACUCAUCAACUUUAAAACCAGAGAGUUUCACCGAACCAUUACUAUCACCAAAAGAAUACAACACAUCUGAAGACAGCACCGAUUCCUUACCUCUCACUACAUUUGGCGGAAAAGCACAGGGGUUUACUGAAAAACUGAAGCUGAAUGUAGCAAAAAUCUCAAGGAAGCUCAAUUUGAAGAGAUUAUUUGCCCCGUCAACAAAUGGAGCAAUUGUGGGGUUUAUAGUUGGACUCGUGCCUCUGCUUAGAAACUCUGUGAUUGGUGAUGAAGCACCUCUUCGCGUGAUUGAAGACUCGACUGUCAUGAUCGGGGAUGCAGCUGUCCCAGUUCUCACUCUGAUAAUAGGUGCAAACCUUCUUAAAGGUUUGCGAGCAUCAGGAGUCCAGAAAUCCAUGGUUGUUGGCGUUAUAGUUGCUCGUCACAUUGCCUUGCCAUUGAUAGGCACUUUAGUUGUCAGGACUGCAGUAAGAUUUAAUUUGGUGCAUGCAGAUCCUUUGUACCAGUUUGUUCUUUUGCUGCAGUUUGCUGUUCCACCUGCUAUGAACAUGGGUACGAUAACACAGUUAUUUGGUAAAGGUGAAUCAGAGUGUUCUGUAAUUAUGCUUUGGACCUACGCCUGUUCUAUAGUAUCACUCACUCUCUGGUGUACUUUCUUCAUGUGGGUGGUUGCUUGAUUUCAUCAUUCUCUAUAGACAAAGAAUGGUAAAUCACGAAACAGCAGAAAUAAAUCAGUUAAAUUAAUCAAAAAGGAUGUCCGAAUAGCUUCUUAGGAUAGAUGAGACUUGAUUCAUUCUUUAUCCAUUAUGUAUGUAGAAAAUAGAUAGCACAGAGGAUAGCCUAAACUAGAAUCGAUCUUGCUCAGCAAUUAAAGAGCAUGGUUUCUUUUUUGUUCA